CGUAAAAUAUUACCAAUUAUGCAAAACGUUACCAACCUUGAUUAGUACCAUAAUACUUGAUUAGUACUAACGUAAUAAAUAUAUAACCCCAUAACCCAUUGAUCAUAUCAUAUUAUACUUUUUUUUCUAUUAUUUCAUUUGUUCUUUUCUUUAGCUUCGUCAAAGUCUAGUGGGGUUGGUGGUCCGUACAUAACGAAGAUAAGAUGGGUCUUUUUUUUAUUAUAUUGGUUUUGUGUGGUAAAUUGGCAAUGGAGGGGAAUCUUGGUACUUAACGAAGGAAGAAUAAGAGAAGAAAAGAAAGCAGAGAGUUUUAAGAGAAGCAGAGAAAUGGCGGGAGGAGGAAAUUUUGUUUAUGGGGAUUUGCUGCCAUUCUCAGCUAUGGUGAGUAUGGAGUGUAUGAAUGUUGGGUUGAACACACUCUUCAAAGCUGCAACAACGGCGGGCAUGAGCUACUAUGUCUAUGUUGUCUAUGCAUACGCAAUUGCUGCUCUUGUCCUUCUCCCUGCCCCCUUCUUCUCCCGCAGAUCAAGAGCUCUUCCUCCACUGAGUUUCUCCAUACUGUGGAAAAUCGGUCUUCUCGGCGUCAUUGUGGGCUCAUCUUCGAUUGUGGGAUCCGCAGGCAUCAGCUACAGCUCUCCAACGUUGGCUUCAGCCAUUGCCAACCUCACUCCAGCCUUCACCUUCAUAUUGGCUGUCAUGUUCAGGAUGGAAAAAGUAGUAUUGAGGAGAAGAUCCCAUCAGGCCAAAGUGUUGGGCACUAUAGUGUCAAUUGCAGGUGCAUUUGUUGUCACUCUCUACAAGGGUGCUCCGAUGUUCAUUGCUGCUUCUUCAUCGUCCUUGUCGUUGGCUCAACUCUAUCAGUCCCUUGAGAGCUCACCAGCCCAGUACUGGGUCCUUGGUGGGAUUUUUCUCACCUGUGAGUACAUUAUGUUUUCCCUGGGAUACAUUUUUCUGAAUCGAAUCUUGAUAGACUACCCUGCUGAACUCACGGUAGUGUUCUUCCGCAACAUAGCCGUGACCAUCACAGCCACGAUUGUCGCUCUGUACACUGAAGGAACUUCUGCAAGUCCCUGGAUAUUGAGGCCUAAUGUAGCAUUGGCCUCGGUGUUGUGCACGGGGCUACUUGGGUCGUGCUUGAAGUCUGUUGUUCGUGCGUGGGUAGUGAGGAAGAAGGGGCCAGUAUUCGUAGUGAUGUUCAAGCCUUUCUCUGUCGUGAUUGCUGUUGCUAUGGGCGCCAUGUUCUUGGGUGACACGCUUUAUGUAGGAAGUGUGAUUGGGGCAGUGGUGCUCUCGAUUGGAUUCUACGCUGUGAUGUGGGGGAAAGCUCAUGAGGAUGAGUGCUGCAGCCAGCAGCAGGACACUCAGUCCACAGAGAAGGCUCCUCUGUUGCAGACUAGCAGAAGGAAUGCUCAAGUUUAAGCUGUUAACACCAUUUGGUAAACACAGUAAUGCAGGAUUCAUGAAUGGACCUUGGCCAAUGAUCCAUAUGGAAACAUUAUUAGAACUCGAAUUAGUUCUAGAUCCCAAAUUAUGUUAAUGCACUAUGCCUAGGUUAAACCAAGUUUUUGACAUGAUCAUUGAACAAGUAAAAUAUCACACUUCUUUGGUCCAACUGUCGUUUCCAUAUUCAGUGGUCCGAUAUUCUAGAGGAUAUAAUCCUGGUAGACAUUCUGUUUCAUCGUACUCUCCACACCUAGACCCAUGUACCCUCCCCCAAUAGUUAUGUCAAAAUGGUGGCAAUCGACCUUAUUGCACUCACUGUGGGUUCUAGGGAAUGGAUAUGAUCAGUAACUUUAUGGUCAUUAACCAUGAGUAACCCGUCUAAAUCAGCAUGAUAUCAAUAUCCCCCUCUUAAUCUUUAACGGACGAUUUCUCUCUCAUUUUAAGUCGAAAUUUAAUUAUUUUUUUUCCUUUUUAAUCUUUAAUGGACAAUUUCUCUCUAGUUUUAAGUCGAAAUUUAAAUUUUUUUCACAGAUAAAUCAUAUUAAAUGUGUUUUUUAAAAUGAUAUCCACUUUGAUUUAUUUUUAGUAAAAAAAUUGAAUAAUUUUUUACCAGUCAUUAUCAUAUGGUAUGCUCCUAUUUAAUAUCAUAUGGUAAUAAAGCGUACCAUGAUGAUGAUAAGAAGGUUUUUUUUGAAAGAAAUCGGCGCUCAGCUUUAUUAGGUAGAUGUCAAGCGUACAUCAUCCAGUUUUAACUGGUCAAGAAUACUAACCGACUGUCUAUCAAACCAGACCUCUGUCUCAUCCCAUCGGGUGUCCAUAUGCGCCAUUAUAUGUGCUGCCUAGUUCGCAUUUCUUCUGGUAUGUUGGACUCUGCCCGCCUCUUCUCCCUUUAGCAACUUCCUGAUAUUCAACACAAUAGUGACCAGCUCGGUGUAGUUCACACAAGCUUCCCUAAUCGAGUUGACUACUGUCAAGCAGUCUGAUUCCACCAACAGUGUUCCUUGCUGAUGUCGUCGAACUAGCUGCAAUCCGAGUUCCAUAGCCAGCGCUUCACCCGUCGAUUGGUCAUGCUUCCCACGCACCUUCCUUGCCGCUGCCAUUAUAAACCUUCCAUCAUGAUCUCUGAUAACCACACACAGUCCAGUGCUCUCCUCACUAAAGCCAGCAUUCUGUUUUUGUCUAGGGCUUCAGGUUCUUAUCUUUGCCUUUGUGAUGUUAUCAUUCUGUUUUUGUUAUUGCCUUUCAACAAAUAGCGUGACUAACUGUUUGAACGUAAGCAAUCAUAGAUAAAUGCAGCUAUAAACUCUGGAAACUCUGGGGGGCCUGCAUUCAACGACAAGGGAAAGUGUGUUGGCAUUGCAUUUCAGUCUUUGAAGUUUGAAACAUGAUGAUGCUGAAAAUAUUGGCUAUGUCAUACCAACACUAGUUAUCAAGCAUUUUAUUGGUGAUUAUGAGAAAAAUGGGGUAUAUACAGGCAGAGGCGGACCCAUGAAUUUUUUUUCAUAGAGGUGUUCUCUUUUAAAAAAUAAAUUUAGUAAAAAUAAAAAUAAAAUAAUUAAUAAAAAUAAAAAUGUAAAUUAGAAAAUACCUUACUCGUACAGCUUAAAAAAGUCCAUUAUGUGUUCUCAUAUUCUGACAUAAUUGUAGAAUACACUUGGUGUCUACAG